UUUUCCAUGUUAUUCUCUUGCCACAGUGUUUCACCAAUUUUGAAUGCACACGUUUCUAACAUUUUGUUAAGUUUGGAUUAUUAACGUUACUUUCCCGGCUUCUCCGGUUUAGUGGAGGGGGGAGCAUAUCUCCAAUUUCAGUAUAGGAGACGCCCUGCUUAUAGACCACCAUGUACAUCAAACAGGUCAUCAUCCAGGGGUUCCGAAGUUACAGGGACCAAACUGUGGUAGACCCGUUUAGUCCAAAGCACAAUGUCAUCGUUGGAAGAAAUGGGUCAGGAAAAAGUAACUUUUUCUAUGCCAUCCAGUUUGUGCUCAGUGAUGAGUUCAGUCACUUGCGACCUGAACAGCGCCUGGCCCUGCUCCAUGAGGGAACUGGUCCUCGUGUCAUUUCGGCUUUUGUGGAGAUUAUAUUUGACAACUCUGACAACCGGCUGCCGAUCGACAAAGAAGAAGUCUCCCUUCGCCGCGUAAUUGGCGCAAAGAAGGACCAGUACUUCUUAGAUAAGAAGAUGGUGACUAAGAAUGAUGUCAUGAAUCUUUUGGAGAGUGCCGGCUUCUCCCGCAGUAACCCUUACUACAUCGUUAAGCAGGGAAAGAUAAACCAAAUGGCCACAGCACCGGACUCCCAGCGUCUGAAGCUGCUGAGAGAGGUGGCAGGGACACGGGUGUAUGAUGAGCGCAAAGAGGAGAGUAUUUCUCUCAUGAAGGAGACAGAGGGGAAGCGAGAGAAGAUUAAUGAGCUGUUGAAGUACAUCGAGGAACGUCUGCACACCCUGGAGGAUGAGAAGGAGGAGCUGGCUCAAUACCAGAAGUGGGACAAAAUGAGAAGAGCCCUGGAGUACACCAUCUACAACCAGGAGCUGAACGAAACCCGUGCAAAACUGGAUGAGCUGUCCUCCAAGAGAGAGACCUGUGGAGACAAAUCCAGACAGCUACGUGAUGCUCAGCAAGAUGCCCGAGACAAAGUCGAGGAGACGGAGCGUGUUGUGCGAGAGCUGAAGUCCAAGAUCUCUGCCAUGAAGGAGGAGAAAGAGCAGCUAUCGGCCGAGCGCCAGGAGCAGAUCAAGCAGAGGACCAAGCUCGAGCUGAAGGCCAAGGACCUGCAGGACGAGCUGGCAGGCAACAGUGAACAGAGGAAACGGCUGCUGAAGGAGCGUCAGAAGCUGUUGGAGAAAAUCGAGGAGAAGCAAAAAGAGCUGCAGGAGACCGAACCCAAAUUCAACAUGGUGAAGGAAAAAGAGGAGCGGGGCAUAUCCAGACUGGCCCAGGCUACACAGGAAAGGACAGACCUGUACGCUAAGCAGGGCCGUGGCAGCCAGUUCACCUCCAAGGAGGAGAGGGACAAGUGGAUUAAGAAGGAACUGAAGUCCCUGGACCAGGCCAUCAAUGAUAAAAAGAGGCAGAUUGCAGCCAUACACAAAGACCUGGAGGAUACAGAGACGAACAAGGAGAAGAACCUCGAGCAGUACAAUAAACUUGAUCAAGAUUUAAAUGAGGUCAAGACUCGCGUUGAGGAACUGGAUAAAAAGUAUUAUGAAGUGAAGAACAGGAAGGAUGAGCUCCAGAGUGAAAGAAACUACCUGUGGCGUGAGGAGAACGCAGAGCAGCAGGCCCUGGCAGCCAAACGAGAGGACCUGGAGAAGAAACAGCAGCUCCUUCGAGCAGCUACCGGCAAGGCUAUUCUGAAUGGCAUUGACAGCAUCAACAAAGUCCUUGAGCAUUUCCGUAGAAAGGGCAUCAACCAGCAUGUCAUCAACGGUUAUCACGGCAUUGUCAUGAACAACUUUGAGUGCGAGCCUGCAUUUUACACCUGUGUGGAGGUGACUGCUGGUACCAGACUGUUCUACCACAUUGUGGAGACUGACGAAGUCAGCACCAAAAUACUAAUGGAGUUCAACAAAAUGAACCUGCCUGGAGAAGUCACAUUCCUUCCCCUGAGCAAGCUGGAUGUCAGGGACACCGCCUACCCAGAGACCAACGACGCUAUCCCCAUGAUCAGCAAGCUGCGCUAUAGCAACAACUUUGACAAGGCCUUCAAGCAUGUGUUUGGGAAGACCUUGAUUUGUCGCAGCAUGGAAGUGUCCACCCAGCUGGCCAGAGCUUUCACCAUGGACUGUAUAACUCUGGAGGGUGACCAGGUGAGCCACCGCGGAGCUCUGACAGGAGGCUACUACGAUACCAGAAAGUCUCGUCUGGAGCUGCAGAAAGACAUGAGGAAGGCUGAGGAGGAGCUGGGUGAGCUGGAGGCCAAGCUCAAUGAGAACCUGCGCAGGAACAUUGAACGCAUCAACAAUGAGAUCGACCAACUGAUGAACCAGAUGCAGCAGAUCGAGACACAACAGAGGAAGUUCAAGGCAUCCAGAGACAGUAUUCUGUCAGAGAUGAAGAUGCUGAAAGAGAAGAGGCAGCAAUCUGAGAAGACUUUCAUGCCCAAGCAACGCAGUCUCCAAAGUCUGGAGGCCAGCCUCCACGCCAUGGAGUCCACCAGGGAGUCGCUGAAGGCCGAGCUGGGUACUGAUCUGCUCUCUCAGCUCAGCCUGGAGGACCAGAGGCGUGUCGAUGAUCUCAAUGAUGAGAUUCGUCAACUCCAACAGGACAACAGGCAGUUGUUGAAUGAGAGGAUCAAGCUGGAGGGCAUCAUGACCCGAGUGGAAACCUAUCUCAACGAGAACUUACGGAAGCGUCUUGACCAAGUGGAGCAGGAGCUAAAUGAGCUGCGAGAGACUGAGGGAGGCACAGUGCUCACGGCCACAACAUCUGAGCUGGACGGCAUCAACAAACGUGUCAGAGACACUUUGGCUCGAUCAGAAGAUCUGGAUGCUCUGGUUGAUAAGACAGAGGGGGAGAUCAAGGACCACAUAAAGAGCAUGGAGCGCUGGAAGAACAUUGAGAAGGAGCAGAAUGACGCCAUUAACCACGACACCAAGGAGCUGGAGAAGAUGACCAACAGGCAGGGCAUGCUGCUCAAAAAGAAAGAGGAGUGCAUGAAGAAGAUCAGAGAGCUCGGCUCGCUGCCUCAGGAGGCCUUUGAGAAGUACCAGACCCUCACACUCAAACAGUUGUUCCGAAAACUGGAGCAGUGCAACACAGAGCUGAAGAAGUACAGUCAUGUCAACAAGAAAGCUCUGGACCAGUUUGUCAACUUCUCUGAGCAGAAGGAAAAGCUAAUCAAGCGUCAGGAUGAGUUGGACCGUGGCUACAAAUCCAUCAUGGAGCUCAUGAAUGUCCUGGAGCUGCGCAAGUACGAGGCCAUCCAACUCACCUUCAAACAGGUGUCAAAGAACUUCAGUGAGGUUUUCCAGAAGCUGGUUCCGGGCGGCAAAGCUACAUUGGUGAUGAAAAAGGGUGACGCUGAAGGCAGCCAGUCUCAGGAUGAGGGCGAGGGCGGUGGAGACAGUGAGAGGGGCUCUGGUUCACAGAGCAGUGUCCCUUCAGUGGACCAGUUCACUGGAGUUGGCAUCAGGGUGUCGUUCACAGGGAAGCAGGGUGAGAUGAGAGAGAUGCAGCAGCUGUCUGGAGGUCAGAAGUCUCUGGUGGCUCUGGCCCUGAUAUUUGCCAUUCAAAAGUGCGACCCCGCUCCUUUCUACCUGUUUGAUGAGAUUGACCAGGCCCUCGACGCCCAGCACAGAAAGGCAGUCUCAGACAUGAUCGUCGAACUGGCAGGCCACGCCCAGUUCAUCACAACCACCUUCAGGCCGGAGCUGCUUGAGUCUGCUGACAAGUUCUACGGUGUCAAAUUCAGAAACAAGGUGAGUCACAUUGAUGUAAUCACAGCAGAGCAGGCCAAAGACUUUGUGGAGGAUGACACCACCCAUGGUUAAUAGUCUUGAGCUCUUCAUCAUCCUCCUCGCCGCCUCCUCCUCCUCCACUGCGUAGCUUAAAGCCUUCCACAACACGGCCCAAAGACAAAAUUAUCUCACUCAAUCCACCAGCCUUUUUUAGUCCUUCUGUUAAAAAUAAACAGUGCAGUAAGUCGAAGCUUCUCAGUCCAUCUCAGGAGUUGGAAAUAGAAUUGGAUAUGUUGUUUUGAGAAUACAUUUACAUCAUUUCAGGCUGAUAAACUACAAGUUGGUUUUACUUUAAAUCUGUGUCACGUUUUCCUGCUUCACCGUGUCAGCCGCACUGGAUCUGACAGAAGUGUAGUUCUUGUACACUGAAAGAAAUUGUCAUUUUGUCUGAAGAGAUCAUUUGUUACCUUUCGUGUUACUGUGUUGAAUUUUGAUCUGUCAUUUGAAACGUGAAGUGCCAGAGAAGCUCAUAAAGGUAACAAGCCUUCAGGACCUUUUCAGAAAGCAAAUCAUCUUCUGUACAUUUGAGACUGUUUUGAUAUGAUGAAGAUUGUUAAACUGAAAAAGCUCAGUGGAGAUGGGAGGGUCUUAUGAUGAUCUGGGUUUUUUUGUUGGUUUUUGUUGGCACCCUUGGAAAAAAACAAGUUUUUGUUCACUCUGAGGUUUCUGUAGUGUAUUCUCUUUGUACUCGUUAAACGAUAACUUGUAUCUGUCAUAACUAGCCACAUGGCUUAAAAUGCUUAAAGGUUGUGUUUUUUUUAAGGUUGUUAGCGUACUGCGUUAUUGUUACUGUUAUUUUUUUCCCCAUAUAAAUAUAUGAAUGACUUUAAUUCUAAAACACAAGAUAUUCUUUUUGGAAGUCAACACGAGUCCCUGAAUUUGAUCAGUCGAUCUUUCAAAAACACAAGAGAUUCAGUGCUGGAUGACCGUAUCUAUUUGGGUCCUGAAAUGACUCAUAACUUCAGUAGUAAGUCAUGUUGUAUUGUUUAUCUUUUAUUUCCUUACUGGAUGUAUGGGAUCAAGCUCCUUUAUAUGUUGUACCUAGUUUCAAAUCUUUUUUUUUUUUUCAAAGUCUUAUGGUUCCUUUUUAUGUAAUUAGAAAACUUGCAAAAAAUAAUAAAAGAUUUAAAAAUAAA